UGCAGUGAUUAAGACAGGCCAAAUUUCAAAAUUUCUUUAUUUUUGACAAGACGUUGUAAAUUUGUCGCUGUUGUUGUUGUUGUUUUUUUUUUCAUGGCAAGCCGGGCAUUUCGUCAAUUUCCCGGGGCUCCUCUGAUAGCUCAGGGGCGUCAGUCUCGUCUGGUCCGUCGGUUGCCUCUAGUCCAUCUGGCCCGUCAGGUCCGUCCGUUUCCUCUGGUUCUUCACCUAGGCAAAGGAAACAUACCUGAGUGGUAAUCAUCGGACUUUAUUAACCCUUUCACUGCCAAAUGUAGCCAAAGGCAAAUUUCGACCAAGUUUGCAAAUUUCAUUUUGUAAAAUUUUGAAAAACAAAUAGCAGAAUAUGACAGUACAGGCAGAGAGCUUUCAUUUGAAUGGUCACAUCAGAGGAUUUCGUCCACAGACUCAAAUGUUAGAACUACAUACUAAAUAAAUAGUGCCAUGCGAAAAUACUACUGAAGAGCUUUCAUUUGAAUGGUCACAUCAGAGGAUUUCGUCCACAGACUCAAAUGUUAGAACUACAUACUAAAUAAAUAGUGCCAUGCGAAAAUACUACUGAAGAGCUUUCAUUUGAAUGGUCACAUCAGAGGAUUUCGUCCACAGACUCAAAUGUUAGCGUCAUCUUACCAAACUCCUCUAAGCACUCUGGCAGUGAAAGGGUUAACUGGGGCUAUCUCCACAAAACUAACCAAUCAAAUCAAUCAACGGUUCCAGUAAUUCUUAUAAUUUGGCGGUUUUGUGCGGAUUUAAUUGUUACCAUUCUCUAAUUUGAUUGGUUAGUUACUGCACCAAACUGUAAUUAGAUAAUUAGAUACUGCACCAAACUGUAAUUACAAAUGGAAGUAUUACUGUAAUUCCUAACGCGAAAAAUGCUUUAUGAAAAGUACAGAUUGGAAUUGUCUUCAUGAACCUUGCAUAAGGAGGUUUGCAAUGUACAGUUGCGAAUAUAUGCCGUAUAUUAAAGGACCAAACUCACGUUUCUCUAUUUUUCUAGUAGUCAACAACUAUAUGUCCUUUAUAGAAAUUAAGAGCCAUAAGUAUAGGUAAUAGCGUUAUUUGUAGUGAUAUUUGGCAUAAAUGCCACGAGUGAUAUUUCGAAAUUGUUAUACCUAAAAUAAGAGAAGGUUUUUUACCAAACCUCAAAAAAUGUAGGUUCUUUUUAGCAGGUGUUUACCGCAUCGUAGCACGAAAAUAUCAGUUCUUGAUAGAUUCAGCGACGUUAAAACUCGUGGCUACCUCCGCUUGACUUUCGUUCUGUCUUGUACACGUGAAUAAUCUUCGUCAGUUUUCGCACACAGACAAAAACAAAGUCCUGUCGCUCGCCAGCAUUUAGAAGGAAUAGUUAAAUUGCCUUAUCUCUACGAGUCUUCUGAAUCUCAGCGAUAGUAGUAGUAACUCUAGUAACUAGAAUGUCAUAGGUUUGACUUCUUUUGAAAGAAAUCGAAUUUCUUUUUCCUAAGUGCCUGUGUAACUGGCUGAAAAAACGUCAUUCCCGUAAAACAAUUUAUCUGACUAAAUUCUCAUUAAGCUUAACUCCGGGGCAACUUAACGUAUCACUUUAGUAAUAUUGGACUUGUCAUUUGUAUUAAGAAAAGUGAAAGAAGGAAAUUUCCAACAUUCUUUUGAUGCCAUUUGUGCUUUUUCCUUGCUUUUGUUUUGCCUAAUAAAGAUUCACAAAGCAACAAAAAUUAUCAAAACUUAUCUUCAACAAUGAAAUUCGUUUGUACAAGGCAGGAACCUACUCAAAUUAGCAGAAAAAGAUAUCCUUUUCAACUCGUUUUAAGGACAGUGCAUACAUCCAUACCAGGGUGAAUACAGUCGAAACCGUAUCGUGAUCAAUAACAGUGACUAUCGUGAGGCAAACGAUAAAAGAACGUUAUCACUGAUACGCAAAAUACGAUGGCUAAUAUCUUUCAUCAUAUAUAUUGCACAUAUUGGACACCAGUACUUUUCUGUUUGAAUUGAUCCGGGUCCAUGGUUGAUCAAGUCUUUUGAUGGAUUCAUUUGCAGCAUACGCCGGAUCAAUUGAAGUUUCUGUAACUGACUACCUACCCCUCCCUUAAGUUACAGUUUUGCCCUUAAUGAGUAGAAAGUGUUAAUGUUGACUUAGGGGAGGGGUGGGUGGUCAGUUACUCAGAGACCUGCCACGCCUUGCGUGGUGAAGGUUCAUAUUCAGCGGAAAAAUGGGGUGGCACUCCGCGCGGUAUGCUGCAAAUGAACCUACUUUUUGUCUUUGGUUAAACAGGCAGCUUUAGCGACUACGAGGGUGAUGGCAUCAAAAGCCUCACUAUUAAAAAUACUUUAAAAAACUUUAAAAUGAUUUAAUACUUUAACAUAAUUAAAAUGAUUUAAAAUAAUUUAAUACUCUAUAAUAAUUUAAAAUAGUUUAAAAAUUUAAAAUACUUAAAAAACAGCUAAGUUUAAAAGGAGAAAGAAAGUUUAGAAGGAGAAAGAAAAAUUCGUCGUCGUGUGUUUACGUCCUCCAAAAAACGUGGCAGUUGGGAAUUUCACGUCGUAGUCGUACAGAAAAAAACGUGCAAAACGUGUGCUGCACGUGCAGAAUUAUUCUUUUGCUUAUUCCUACUGCUUUUUAGACGUCGCCAUCGUUAACGUAUGACGGAAUUUCAGUGAAAGUACGUCACAUGACUCAUAUACAAAAAAGUUCUUUUUUAAAAGAAAAUGAAAUCACCAACAGUGGCGAAGCUGAAGGGUCAUAUUUUCUUUAAGUAUAAUUUAUCACUGCCAUGUCAGAGUCACUUCAGUGUUUGCUGAUUGAAGUAUGCGCCUGUUUCAUAAACAUAUCAGUGGACAAAAAUCACUAUAAAUUGAAGUAUUAAAUUACAUAUUAAUUUAACAUAUUAAGGACUUACCUGGUGUUUGCGGUAAUGGAGCACAGACUACCUGUUCCAGUAUAGCAACAAAACACAAAAGGAAAAAGAGUUUGGAAAACAUCGUCUUGGCGAUGAUACCUCGGUGAGAUGCCUUCUUGCGUUCGUUUUGAGUUAUAAACGCUAUCCUGUCAUCCCGAAGACGUUAUAAAUCGUCUUUUGCGAUCAAUAUAAAGUUGUCAAAUAUCAGCAGUAGAAAUUGGCCUCACUUAAGAGUUUGCCAGUCAGUGUGGCUCCUCGUUAAUUAUGAGUUAUUAUCACAACGUUCUAAUUGAGAGUACAGUACAGUACAGUACUGGUAGCUGGUAUCUGUUUAUCGAUAUUAUCAUGUUGACUAGAGAUGCACGCAUACGAUUUAACUUAAAAAGAACCGUUUUGUCUUUUUCUUCUGUGCGGUCAUCAUCACGGGAUAAUUACCAUGGAUACGGAGAUAUCAUAAUACUGUGAGCGUUAAAACUCUGUUUGUUGAUUGACUAUUUAUGUGGGAACAGCACGCGCGUUUACUGAAAAGCCUUGCUUUUUUCACCAUAUUACUUACCAAAUGAGUGAACCUUUGUUACUACUUUAAGAUGUAUUUUGUUUUUGGAAAGUUAUUUUCGAUCAGUACUGCGUCUGUGUGCUUUUUUUCAUGAAGGUUAUCUGUUUUCAACUCUCUGAUUGUUUUAACUAGCAAAUAUUCUAAAGGUUACAUUGUAGUUAUUUUUAACGAAAAAGGCUGUAAUAAUCGAAAUAAUCGUGGAAUUAUUUUAGUUUGCUUUUGUAGAAAUAUAUUUCAAAAUCGAGAAAUGCGCACUUUUUAUUGCUUUUGGUUGUAGAUGAGCUUAAGUGUUUGGCUAGGCAGAGACGUUUCUCUUUUUCCAACUCCGCGAUCGGUUUUAACGAGUAAAUUUUUUGGGCGCGCAAACGGAAUGUUAUUUCAGUUUUUAGAGAGAAGAGUUGUUUAAUACCUGACUGACUUAGCUCGUAGCCGUGUGGUACGCGAUUUGUAAGAGCUGGAGCGUGUGCAGCGUCACCGCAGAUAUUCAGCCCCACUGUAUAUUUUCGUAUUCUGUUAGCAGGGGUUACUUUUUCGCUAACGGCUUACAAAAGAUAACCUCUGCCUGCGACGAAUAAUAUUGGCUCUAUCUAACUCUCGACCGGCUUGAAACUCUCUUCAGAAGAACACAUGUUGACGCUACUGUAAAACCUGAUUAUUUUGCACAAUCCUAGAUUCUGUUAGAUAAUCCUCUAUUCUCUGUCAGUAGACUUGCUUUACUACUGAUUUCUAGCCUCCCUCAACUCCCUCCUUUUUCGAAAAGAAAAUAAAGACAAACGCCAUAUCGUAGGAUCACAGUCAAAAUGCUGGCUGUGAUUAAGCGUUAUUGACCAUUUCCUUUUUUUGCUUUUUCGGGACUAUUGUUUUAUUAUUGUUUUAUUGUUUUGUUUGCCAUAAGUUAUACAAAGCAAAAAAAAAAAUCUAAUUAAUAAACUCUCAUGGCGAGGAAGCCCAGGAGAAGCCACUGGGCUUAUAAGGAAUGGGCUCCCUCAGUUAGAUAAUUAGAACAAAAUAUUAUUAUAAUUACACAUGGGAAAAUCAAUGGCAGAGCUACAGUAAAUCUUAAAAUAAAUGUAUCAGAUAGUCCUACUAAUCAUAGUUCUAGGCUAAAAAAAGCGAAAAAUCGAGAAAUCGCGGUCAGUAGAGAGAACGAGGCCAACCAUCAGCCACUGUGAACAAGCUUGUUCAAUGGAAGACUUAUUACACGUCCAAAAAAACAGAACAUGUUUUUUCGGGACCAUCGACGGAAAUUGGAUUUUUUUUUCCAUUUUACCUGCUCACCAAUUCAGCCAUAUACAGUCAACUCUUGCCUUGCGGACACCCCGCUAUAACAGACACCCCGAUACUGCGGACAGCAGUUGAAUCCCAGGUUAAAAAUGUAGUAGAGAUGUUUGACUGAAAUAAACUCCCGCUAUUACGGACUCUUGCUAAUGUGGACACUAACGUGAGGACCCUACAUUUUCCGCUGUAAUAAGAGUUGACUGCAGUGAGGCUUCUUAUCAAAGAUUUUUCUCAGCUUUCCUUCCAUUGAGGUACUCAUGAGUAGUCAGGUGGUGUCACCCGUCACUUUGCAGACUUUCCCCAUUACUGGAUUCAGAAUCCUUACCAGAUUGUGCACAAGAUUUUAUCUCAAAUGCUUUGUUAUUUGUCAACAGCUUAACGAGAAAGGAGAGGCCGUGGGUAUAGGUAAGUUUAGCCACUUGUUAGGCUCAUAUGUAGCAGUUUUUAUGACAAACAAGUCAAGUUCCCAGGAGACUUAAAGUAUUGUUAUUUCUAGCCUGUUACACCCUCUUAGCGCGGGGUGACUCCCAUAAAAAGUGACGGGUUGCCUGUCGGAAAAUGAAAAUUAAACCCCUGAUGGAGACCAGUUUGGGUGUGGCUCAAGUUUUAACCGAUCUCUAAAGGAGAUUUCUGUGUGGGCAGUGUCACGCACAGCCCUAAGUGAUACCUGAAUGGGCAAAUAUAGUGACUUUCCGUCCCAAACACCCUAAGUGAGACCAAAAUCUGCAAUUUACAGCCCUAAGCGAGACGACGAACAUCCCCGUCACUUUCAUAUGGGAGUCCCCUACGGAGGUUCUUAGUCAUUACCCGAGAAGAGAAGGAAAGAGGAGGAGGGGAGGCAUCAUCCUCUCUAUCCCCAGUUCUCGGUCAUUUUCUGUUUCAGGGACAAUUUAAAAGUAAAGCGAGCCAGAAACUACCUUAAGGCCUGUAAACCUUUAGGGCCUGUUAUUUAACUGGAGUUUAGUCAGUGUUUAACAAAACUGCGUUCUAAGCCAUUUUAAGUUUGCCCAACGCUUUUAUCUUAACACCAUUUAUCGUGCAAAGUUUCAUGAAAUUUGUAAGGUGCAGACUAGAAAGGCACUUAUUUUCUUAAAAUUACCCACUAAGGCAAAUAUUUUGAGGUCCAAAGAUUUGCUAAACCGCAGCCUAACUUAGACUUCGUUUAAGUAAACGACCCUUAAUCCCUAAUGUCAAAAUUCGUAUUCUCCACAUUGUUUUGCAUUUGCAUUGUACAACUAAGAAGAUUUUUUUUUUAAUUUGUUUUUUCGAGCUGUUUGUGUCACUUGCUGAAUGGCGCAAAGUCCACCUUCUCCCUCGAAUGGCAAACUUCUUAAUGGCGCCAUGGAUCAAUUUAGGGUUUUUGGAAACUGCCCAGCAACCCCUCCCUUAAGCUAACAUUAACACUUAAUUCUUACUUUGGGCAAAAUGAUGGGUUAGGGGAGGGUAGGUGAGCAUUUUCCCAGAUACCCAAAUUGAUCCGGCACCAUUUUAGAAUCUUUACGGUAGCUAAUUUUGGUUGGAAAGAGAGUAUUUUCAUCGUUAUUCUUGCGGCUUCCAAUUUAUUCUUCUAACUGCGAUUUGCACAUUUUCAGUGCAAUUUGUCUUGGAGCAGGCUAGACUGUUACCGCCAUUCUUGUUCCUAAUCAUUUGUUUCUGCCGUCAUGAAGUUAACCCAUACGUUACUUACAAAGUUGAUCUUCUCAGCACAUCACUCAAUAUCGCUGUAUUCCUUGUUUUUUUCCAGGGCAUCGUAAACGUGCAAUUGCGGAAGUCAUGGUUACCAAAGGCUCGGGUAACGUCACUAUCAACAAUGCCCCGUUGACUCAGUAUUUUGUCAAAGUAGAAGACAGGUAAGGUUUCAACUGAACCACUUUUUAAAUCGCCUCUUCUGCUAACUGGAAAUAUUAGCUUUCAAAAUGAACGCCACGUGUUUUAAUGAUAGCUACAGAAUGAUGCUUAACGUAAUAGCUGCAACAAAGAGAUUAUGAUCUCUUGCUGCGACAUAACUUUUACUUAUAUUGGCAUUCUCUUCAAAACUUUCACAUUCAGAAAAUAUAAGAAGAAAAACAGUUCGUUAAUAGUACUAAAAAGUUCAAAAAAUUGACGACUAAGGUGGGAACAAAACUUUAGAUAGCCCUUAACUCUUAUCUCCGUUAGAAUGCUGCUUUAUCCUCUUAUAAUUCUUUAGAAAAAUCUGAAUAAAUUAAUAAAAGUCGUGCGUUAGGUUGAAUGAGAUAUAGGCUGAUAGUGGUAUGGUAUAGGCAGCGUGAUAUCAUCAUUGACUGCUAAGUACAAGUACAAUGCUCUUAGCCGAUGAAUUUUCCUUGUUUUUCAGGGGUGCUAGGGACAGUGAUUGCAACAUUCGUGAUAAAUAUAUAAUGUUAAUUCUCUUAAAAUAAUUGGAAAGUGCUCUGCAUAACGAACUUUGAUCCUUUUGUGACAGAGAGGACAAUGUUUUCGUCCACCAUUUAGCAGUAUAAAUGUUCAUCUUAUUCCCUCACUGUAUCGCUGUAUAUUGUACAGGAAGCAAGUCAUGUACCCAUUCCUUACUGUUGAUGCAGUGGGUGAAUAUGAUGUGGAGUGUGGCGUGAUAGGCGGAGGAACGACUGGUAAGUGAUGAUGUGAAGGAAUUCUGACUCCUACGAAUUUCCCUGAAUGCGAUUUAACAGGACUAUCGACAAGGAAGGAUACCUCUUCAGCUUCUUUUGUUAUUCAACAUCCCCACUGUCUGACAUCGCUUCUUCCGGUUGCGAGAUGUUAUACCAAGCUUUUUACGAGGAUAACUUUUUUUUUGCCGCUAAGUGGGUUUGUAGAAACAAAAGUGGUAGCAGAGAAAUGUAAGCGUUUCAGUAUACUUUUGAUGUUAUUGUGGAUUUUGUGGCUGAGAUACCCUAACUAUUGUGGUGCAAAUCUCGUUCAGUGUAAGAGUUCUAACAGAAAUUCUGAUCAUUCUGUAGGUCAAGCUGGGGCAAUCAGACUAGCUAUCAGCCGAGCACUGUUGAACUUUGAGGAUAGUUAUUUGGAACCUCUUCAACAAGGUCUGAUAAUUACAGCGGUUUUUAAAGUAAUACGGAACGUUUAGCAAUUAUUUUAUUUUCAAUGUGUUGUUACUCCUUUCUAAAGAAAACUGGCGCCACUUUUCUGGUUAAUCAGAAGUCCAGCCAAAACCAAUGCGGUUUGGUUGCACGAGUUUUCCAGCCCUUUUUGUCGGCUACAUUUAUGUGCUUAAAUUUUCAUUGGCUGAUUUGAUUGUCUCGCGUGUUGUGAUUGGCUGUAAGUAAAAUUCUGACUUCUGUUCUUCUUCACUCGAUUGAAGCCCGCUCUACAUUGUUUUCCUUUGUUGCAGUUCUCACCAUUUACGUUUAAAGGCGAGUUGGACUUAAAGCUAUCCUUGCGUAAUAAAUGUCCCUGCUGGUUCCAGCUGCCAUAAACAAAAAUUUGGGCGAGAGCAUAACAUUUAGGAGGGGUGGGGAAUCCUUCGUAAUUUUACUCUCCAUUCUGUCUUGCUAUUGUUAUCACAUUUCUUGUUGUCUUUGUGAGACUAUUGUCUCAAUAUUCGUAGUUGAUUCACGAGGAAGACGCGAAAGUUACCCGACCACUUGUUUUUCGCGUACAUCGUUAUUGUCAAUAUCGUUAAGUGACUAGCAUUUCAACUUUGUUCAUACCCUUAUUAUGCCGUUUCUCAUGUGGGUGUUUUUCUUGUUUACUUUUAAGCUGGUCUGUUGAUAAGAGAUCCGCGAAUUAAGGAGAGAAAGAAACCUGGACAGAAGAGAGCCAGGAAGAAGUUUGCUUGGUAA